CAUGACCCGGAACAGCAAGAGUUUCACCGGCACUGUUGCCUUUUCUUUUCCGCUCAGGUCUCAGCAGUGGUGGGAGCGUGGAUUUCAUCAUCUAGGCUCACAAAAUCACCUAAAAUGAGCGUCCCGGCGUUUAUCGAUAUUACGGAAGAAGACCAGGCCUCAGAACUGAGAGCCUACAUCAAGUCCAAAGGAGCUGAUAUAUCAGAAGAGAACUCUGAAGGGGGACUUCAUGUAGAUCUGGCUCAGAUCAUCGAGGCAUGUGAUGUAUGCCUCAAGGACGAUGAUAAAGAUGUGGAGAGUGUGAUGAACAGCAUUGUGUCUCUGCUGUUGAUACUGGAGACAGAGAAGCAGGAGGCUCUCAUUGAAAGUCUAUGUGAGAAACUAGUGAAGUUCCGUGAAGGAGAGAGACCCUCUCUCAGGAUGCAGUUGCUGAGUAACCUGUUCCAUGGCAUGGAUGAGAACACUCCAGUAAGGUACACUGUCUUCUGCAGCCUCAUUAAGGUGGCGGCAACCUGUAAUGCCAUCGCCUUCAUCCCCACUGAACUUGAUCAGGUUCGCAAGUGGAUUAUCGACUGGAACCUCACCACAGAGAAGAAGCACACACUCUUGAGGCUGUUGUAUGAAGCAUUGGUUGACAGCAAAAAAAACAGUGACUCUGCAGCAAAAGUGAUGGUUGAGCUGCUGGGAAGUUACACAGAAGACAAUGCUUCACAAGCACGUGUAGAUGCCCACAGGUGUAUCGUCCGUGCUCUCAAAGACCCCAACACCUUCCUGAUUGACCACCUGCUCACCCUUAAACCUGUUCGCUUCUUGGAGGGAGAACUCAUCCAUGACCUAUUAACCAUCUUUGUGAGUGCAAAACUAGCAGCAUAUGUAAAGUUCUACCAGAGUAACAAAGACUUCAUUGAUUCUCUUGGCCUGUGUCACGAGCAAAACAUGGCCAAGAUGCGUCUGCUGACAUUCAUGGGCAUGGCGGUGGAAUUCAAGGAGAUCUCCUUUGAAACCAUGCAACAGGAGCUGCAGAUCGAAGCUGAUGACGUCGAGGCUUUUGUCAUUGACGCUGUUCGCACCAAGAUGGUGUACUGCAAAAUCGACCAGACACAGCGAAAAGUUGUUGUGAGCCACAGCACACAUCGCACCUUUGGCAAGCAGCAGUGGCAACAGCUGUACGACACCCUCAACUCCUGGAAGGCCAACCUAGCAACUGUCAAGACCAGUCUGCAAGCCCUGUCACCAUCCGCUUAAUUCCACCUUAACCCGACUGUCUAGACUGCCUGACCCGUGAUUCUUUUCUGCUUUCCAAAUCCACAGACUGAAAUGAUCAGUUUUUAUAUUCCUCCAAUAAAAGAACAGUGGAGAUA